CCCCAUAAAUAUUGAUGAGAAAAAAAAUAAAAGAAAAUUGUACUGCCCUUUCGUCCUCCGUCUCAUCUCGUUCAUUCAUCGUCAAUGGAGAAACUGAGGAAGGCAGUGAACGAGAUCGCGUACUGUAAGGACCUCACUAAGCUUUCUCCUCUACAUCGUACGUUGGUCCCUGUGCUCUCAUUCGCAUCCGCUCUCUACAGCGUUGCUCUUUCUCUUCGCUGCUCUCUCUACCAGUCUGGCCUCAUUCAUCGCAAUCGGUUGGCAGUUCCGUUAAUUAGUGUUGGGAAUUUGACAUGGGGAGGUAAUGGGAAGACACCCAUGGUGGAGUUUCUUGCGUUUUGGCUAGCCGAUUCUGGAAUUUCACCUCUCAUUCUUAGUAGGGGUUAUGCUGGUGGGGAUGAAACUAAAAUGCUCCAAAGACAUCUUUUAGGAAGACCUGUGCGUAUUGGAGUUGGUGCAAAUAGGGCAGCCACUGCUUCUUCUUUCUUUGAAAAAUAUGGUUAUGUUGAUCCCAGUACAGUCUCUGAAAGACUUUGGGUUGGUGCAAAAGGACCAAGUCAUUUUGGAUCCGAAGAAAUUGGUGUUGCCAUUUUAGAUGAUGGAAUGCAGCAUUGGAGCUUGCGAAGGAAUAUUGAGAUUGUAAUGGUUAAUGGAGUAACGCUGUGGGGAAAUUGCCAUUUACUUCCUCUCGGACCCUUACGAGAACCUUUGAUUGCACUUAAACGUGCAGAUGUUGUUGUCAUCCAUCAUGCAGACUUGCUUUCGGAGAAAAAACUCAAAGACAUUGAGUUAAUGGUACGAGAUGUAAAGGAAUCUCUACCCAUUUUCUUCACUACAAUGGCUCCUUCUCAUUUUUCUGAUGUGAGAAAUUUCAACUCAAAUAAACCUUUGGAAACAUUGUGUAACACCAUCGUAUUAUGUGUCUCUGCCAUUGGUUCUGCAAAUGCAUUUGUGCAGGGCAUCAAGAAGUUGGGAGCAGUUUAUGUUGAUCAACUUGAAUUCAGCGACCAUCACAUGUUUCAGCUCACCGAUAUCAAGAUUGUGAGAGAGAGACUUGAAGAGUUGGAGAAGAAAUUUUGUUCCAAGCCCAUCGUUGUAGUUACAGAAAAGGAUUAUGAUAGAGACCCAGAUAUUCUAAAGCACCUGAAUCCUUUUGAAGUUUUGGUACUUUGUUCUCAGUUGCAAAUCAUAUCUCGCAAGGGAAUUACUGAAGAUGGCUUCAAGGAACUUUUGAAGGAGAUGCUAAUAGAUAUACCAGGUAGAGAAUGUAAAUAGUAUACAUCCCUCACUUGAAAGUAAGCGCACUCAAUGCUUCAUUAGUUUAGCCUAAUGAUUUUUUUGCUUCUAAAAUUAAUGUGUAGUAUCAACUUUGAUUGCUGAUUUUAUCAAAGUAAAAUUAGCAUACAGAUAAUUGAGCACUACUGCAUUUGACUUGGAAAAAAAAUAGAAGAAAUACAGAUGAAUGUAAAAAAAGAACUACAUUAACCGGAAACUUAAUAUUGCUAUUACAAGAAUAGCAAAUCCUUAUGGACAA